AUGGUCCUCAUUGCAAGAAGCCGAGAUCUGGGUAUGAAAGAUGUUUUGCAGUAUUCGUUGAGACCGGUCCCAUUACCUUCAGCAACCGUGGAGGGAAAUCUCGUAAAGACCGCCAUGUCAAAGUUGCUCAACACAAUUGAGAGUGAAACUCAAGAUGCAUUUGUGGAAAGCGUUGAUGGCGAAAGUUCUCUGAUCGUUGAUGCAAUGGCCAUACUUCAGAAGAUGAAGGUAUACGUAACUUCAAGCACGUUUGGUGAGCUAGCGCAUGAUUUGUUGAUGAAAAUUAUAAAGAUGGCGACAUUGUCAAGAUCGAAAAGAAUUGAUUUCGUUGGCGACCGAUAUCCAGCACACAGCAUCAAGAACCUAGAACGGGAGAAACGCAGUGAAGGUGGAUCGUUCUAGGUGAAGAUUUACGGUGAACAACAGCGUGUCCCUCGUCAAUGGAACAAGUUUUUGCCCAAUGGAAAGAACAAAGUAAAGUUGAUGAAAUUCCUUUUCGAAGUUUGGAGCAUAGCAAAUCCCCAACUUCUAAAUGAUGUCGAGGUCUUCAUCACACACGAAAACAAAUGCCACAAAUUAACAGAAUCGAGUAGUGCUUUGAUCUGCUGUAACGUUGAAGAAUUAACAUGUGAUUAUGAAGAAGCAGACACCAGAAUGGUACGCACAUUAAAAAAGGAAGUAACCAAGCGACUGUAUUUAUAGACAGUGGCGGAAAUUCACUUUUCCGUUGAGGGGUGCAAAGCCUUCUAAAUUUCCGACAAAACUUUCAAAUUUCCGACAUAUCCCCCCCCCCCCAUAUUUAACUCGAAAAGACUGUUUAGCCCUCUUUUAGGUCAAAAAGCCCCAUCAAGAUUUAGGUAAUGUAAUGUGCAUGAUCAAGUGAUCGGUGUAACAAACUUGUUUAUAGCUACUACUCACAAUUCAAGUUUUCUUUAGGUAUGCCAUGCUAAGAACGCAUCUCUGAUGUACACAAAUGUAAUUAUAAAAAGUCCAGACACGGACGUGUUUUUCAUUGCUUUGAAAUCGAAUGCAUGUUCCAACAUCAGUGCACACAUAUUCUUCGAGACCGGGAAUCAAAACAAAAGAAGAAGAAUUUCCCUUCAGAAGGUUAAACAACACGUAGCUUCACAGGUAUAUUUAUAAUACAGUCCAUACGAUAAAAGCUAGUAUAUUUUAUUGGCUUGAUCCAAUCGCUUUACACUAAUAUUCCUGGCAUAUUAGUAACAGCUAUUAGGUUUUUAGUGAAAAUAUUAACUACAUUGGACAGAUGCAUAAAUGGUCUGGCGUUCUCAUAACGUUCGCUGUAAUUACCUUCAUAAUUUUUAUCAUAUUGUCCAUCCCGGAAUUUAAGGUUGUGAUACUACAAGUUCGUUUCACGGAAAAGGAAAAGCCACUACUUUAAAAGUAGCAAGAAGCAAAGAUGUGCAUUUAUCCUGUUUCGCAAAUUUGGGCACAUCCGUAUCACCAUCAGAUGAGAUAACACUUCAGUUAUCCAAUUAUGUAUGCCACUUUUAUGGGUAUGAACACCAGUCUGAUGUAAACCUAGUCCGGUACCUUGCGCUUAAAGCUGGGAAAUGCGAGGAAGAGUUGCUACCACCUAAUGAAGAUUCUCUUUUGCUACACAUUUAUCGCGCCGUUUAUCAAUGUUAUAUUUGGAGAAAUGCUACACAACCCAUUCUUAAACUUCCAAAUUUCACAGAGCAUGGUUGGAGUAUUGAUGAGAGUGGAAAGGUCUGUGUCAAAUGGAUGAGUCUUCCUCCAGCUCCUGACUCUAUGUUUGUGUUAGUAAACUGUAAAUCUACUAAGGGAUGUGAGAACAACCGAUGUUCGUGUAAAAAAUCUGGUUUACAGUGUACCGAUGUGUGCAAAUGUUGCGACUGUAAGAACGGUAAAGCAGACAGCGAUGACCCAGAUGAUAGUGAUAAUGACGUAUUUGAAUGUAGUGAUUGCUCAAUUGAUAGUAAACAAGAAAGCGAUUAG